UUUGGAAUUUAGAACCUCCGGACGUGGUGUUGCCAACAGCAGAUAAUGCUACGCUAAGGCCGAGCUUAAUUUUCAACUGGGGUGGUUACGCUGUUCCCCCAAUCACUUCGCAAAGUCAAGACUUUUUCAUUUUAUUCUUUCUUCCCAUUCUCUUAUUCGAUCGCUCUUCAUUCUCUGUAUUCGCCAUGCUGCUGCUGGUCUCCUGCCUAAGAAGAGUUUUGCGACCCGCCCGGACUCUGGCGUGUAGCCUCGGCUCUGGAAGGAGAACCGAAAGCUGUCCGUUCCUCCCCCCUGCCCCUUCGUUGCUGUCCUGUUUUAAUACUACCACCGCCGCUUUUGCCCCGCGCUGCCUCGGCACCCAUUCGGCCAAGGAGCCGGUGGAGCCCCUGAACACUUCGCAGGGAGCCCGAGACUUUAUCUACAGCCUGCACUCUAAGGAGAGGAAGAGUCUGUUGCAGGAGCUCCAGAGGUUCGAGUCCAUGGCGAUAGCUCAAGAAGAAAUGGAAGUUAAGCCUCCAUCGUCAGCACAGUACAGAUAUGUGUUUCUUCACAGUGCAAUACCUUUCAUUGGAUUUGGUUUCCUGGACAAUGCUAUAAUGAUUGCUGCAGGGACGCAGAUUGAGUUGUCCAUUGGAGUUAUUUUUGGAAUUUCCACAAUGGCAGCUGCAGCGCUUGGCAACCUUGUCUCUGACGUAGCUGGCCUGGGACUUGCAGGGUAUGUGGAGGCUCUUGCAUCAAGACUGGGUCUGCCAAGUCCUGAUCUAAACCCAAAACAGGCUGAUAUGUGGCAAACACGACUUAGCUCGCAGCUGGGCAAGGUUAUAGGUGUGAUCAUUGGUUGCAUCUUAGGAAUGUUUCCACUGCUUUUCUUUAAAAUAGAAGAAGAAGAAAAGCUAGAAGAAAGCAAGAAUUAAAAUAAUGUGCCAAUUGGUGAACUAGUUCCACGUGUUAAACCUGAUGUUUGCAUUGUGAAGUAAUCCUGGAAGUAUAACAGCAGCCUUUUGAUGGACAGAAGUGCAAUCUGGACUGUGAUGUGGUGGAAUAUUGACAUUAACAAGUCAAUACUUGCAAAUACAUUUUUGUGAACUCAGUACAGCGAAACUGGUCUAUUGACCCCUUUAUGGUACUGUUCUAUUCCAUUUUUGGGGAAAAAAAACACACACACUAAAUGGUUGGCUAAGUGGUUUUUAAAAUCAGUUUCGCCGUAUGUCAUACUGCCUUGUUUUCCUUUAUGAUAGUUUGUUUGAAAAUAAAUUAAUUUUUGACUUGUGAAUGCUAAUAUUUUUAUCUAACGAUGUAAUCUUAAAACCAAUCACAGACAUUAAUAGUGAUACUAAAUUAUGGAAACUGAAAAACUAACUGAAGGAUUAUUUGCAUUUUGUGUUGCGAUGCUGCAUCUAAUUCAGUUUAUGUAGCCUUAUAAUUUGGUACUAAACCAGUGUGCUUUCGUUUUUGGGAAGUGUGACUGAACUAUUGUAUAGAAGCUGUAUAUGUAUUCCAUAAUUAUUAUUGUUUUUUUUUUGUGCAUUUGAUCUUUAUAUUUGAAACAUAAGUCACUCUUUUUAAAUGGUAUACUUGCAACCAAUCUAGACUUAUAAGCAUAGUGCUGCAAGGUUAAAAACCAUUCCAAAGGCAUGUGGAAAUAUAACUCCAAUCUCAAUAUCUUUAGGAUGUACUUGGUGCUAGGUUUAGGUUAUAAACUGCAUUACAUUUGUUCUGAGAGAGCCUAUGAAAAGUUAAAUAUUUUAUGACAAGUAAUGUCUAUCAUUGUUUAGAUAUCACAUCUCUUAAUGACUUUGUUUUAAUGCUUGCUCGUUAGCAUUUCUAUGUCUUAAUUUUCAGUAGAAUUAUCUGGCAUUGAGAUUUUAUCAAGGUUAGUACAGCAACCAAAACACACACAUGGACAUCUUUGAGGGAGGAAUAUGACAUGGUGUUUUUGUAAUUUUAAAAUAAUUUAAUUGUGAUAAGUUCACCUAAUAGAAUAGUCCAUGAGAUGUGAGCUAAACCCAAUCAUUUUCCUCAAGUCUGUGAAUGAAGAUGACUUUAUUCUCCUAGUGCAGUGAGCUGCCUUUUUGAAAAGUUGAUUACACAAAGAUAGGUGGAGGGGCAAGUACUGUUGAGGAAGUGGAGAGGCUGCAGAAGGACCGGAACAGGCUGAGAGUGGGCAAAGAAGUGACAGAUAGAAUUCAGUGUGGGAAAACAGGUUAUACACCUCAGUAGGAAGAAUAGAGACAUAACCAUUUCUGAAUGGGAAAUGGCUUCAGAAAUCCAAAGCACAAAGGGACUUUGGAGUCCUCGUUUAGCAUUCUUUUAUGGUAAACAUACAGGGUUCCUUUGACAGUUAGCAAGGCAAAUGCAAUGCAGCAUUCAUUUCGAGAGGUUAAGAAUACAAUAGCCGGGACUAACUGCUGGUAUUGUAGAAGGCUCUGGUUGGAUGAGUUUGGAAUAUUGUGAGCCUCUUUGGGUCUGCAUCUAAGGAGGUUGUGCUGGCAUUGGAGUGGAUCCACUGGCGGUUUACAGGAAGGAUCCCAAGGAUGAAGCAUUUGUCAUAUGAGGAGUGGUUGAGGACUUAAGGUCUGUAUUCAAUGGAGUUUAGAAAUGUAGGGAUGCUGGGGAUCUCAUUGAGACUUGCAGAAUACUGAGAGGACAUGGAGGAGAUGUUUCCACUAGUAGGAGAAACUAGGAUCUGGGGGCACAGCCUCGGAGUGAAGGGAUAGCCUUUUAGGACUGAAAUGAGGAAUUUUCUCAGCCAGAAGGUGGUGAAUCUGGAACUCGUUGCCAUAGAAGGCUGUGGAGGCCAAAUCAUUGAGUGUAUUUAAGACGGAUGUAGGUUAUUGAUUAGUAAGGAAAUCAAAGGUUAUGAGGAGAGGGUAGGAGAAUUGGUGUUGAGACACAUAUCACCCAUGAUCGAAUGGUGGAACAGAAUCGAUGGGCUAAAUGGCCUAAUUCUGUUCCUAUAUCUUACGGCCUUAUAUGGACUUGAAUACAAUGCUUAUGUUAAUUUGUCCUGAUAACCUGAAGCAACGAACAAAAGAAAAAUACUGAACAAUCCUAAAUCAACAUGGAAAAUACUGCCAGAAUCAAUGGAGAAAGAAAUGGAGUUAAUGUUGCAAGUUGACUUUUCAACAAAAUAUGACACCAAGUAGAUCCAAAUGAUUGAGAGCAGGUUGAGCCAUUUGUCAUGAGUGCAGUCAACCAGAUUGCAAACAGUGGCGAUUUUUACAGACAUUAGCCGGUGUAGAAUAUCAAAGACAAUGAACUCCCAUGUAAUGAAGAACUGUUUUCCAAUGGAUAUGAUACCAGACGAGCUGAUGAUCAAGUUGUGAACUCUUCUAAAUGUGGCCUCAAGUCUUAUUUACGCACACGCCAAUUAGUGACCAACCUUGUGCUUAAUAGUUCUGAAAUGAUCACCCCUCAAUGUUAGAUGGCACUGAUUUAUAUUUUUGUACAGAAUAUAAAAUAAUCUGUAACAUUACUGAAGGUAUUAAUUUAUUAGAAUAUUGCUGCUGAUUUUGAUUUGAUCUAUUAUUGUCAUGUGUACAGAGGUACAGUAAAAGUGUUGACUUGCGUGCUUUAUAGGCAGAUUGUACUGUACAAGUGUGUCAGGGUCAUGGAACAGAGUACAGGGUACAAUGUUACAGCUGCUGAGAAGGUGCAGAUAGAGAUCAAUAUUAACAUGAGAGGUCCAUUCAAAAGUGUGAUAAUAGCAGGGAAGAAGCUGUUCUUAAAUCUGUUUGCACGUGAAUACAAAAUCUCUUAUCUUCUGUCCAACAGAAGAAGGUGGAAGAGAGUAUAACUGGAGUGGGUGUGGUCUUUGUUUAUUUUGGUUGCUUUUCCGAGGCAGCAGGAAGAAUACAUUGUCAACAUUUAUUUAUUCACAAACUUAGAAUAGCCAUCUGGAAAUCAAAUACCAAAUCACUAAGAAAUAAGAAAUAUUAUAAUUUAAUUUCCAGACUGCAAGAUGAGCUGAAUAACUAACUAAUUCUUGGCAGAGAAUUCUACAGAAUGAAGUGUCGGGGCUUUCAUCUUCGCAUGUAUUCAAUCUCUGGAAUUCAACAGCUGACUUUGUGUUUCAUGACAAAUAUUACCUCAUUAAAGAGGCAAAAAAGCCUUCAAAUAAUAAAUUAGUGCAUGUAAAUGAAAGGUAGUUUAGAAGAAUGAAUAUAUUUAUUAGAUAUUGUAAAUGGGUUUAAUAUUGAUGCCUUGUGCAUAGCCCCCAUAGAGUGGAAAACAUGAUUAGAAGUGUCUACAGUUGUUGUACUUGAAUGGAUUUCCUGUAAAUAAACAACCAGUUUUUUUCUUUUAAAGUGUCCUAAAAUGUUUGAUUACCAAGAGACUGUUCAAGUCACAUCACACUUUGCUGCAGGUUUUUUUUGCCAUUUGCACUUUUAAAAGCACAAAACUCUUAACUUGAUGUAUUUCUGUAAUGAAAUUUAGAUCAUCUCUUCAGAUUGCAAAACAAUGCAGAGGGACCAAUAAUAAGACUGCAGUCUUUAGGCUUACGUUAAUUGUCUGGUGUUUUAUUGUUGGUGCAAGUGAAAUUAUGUGUAGUGGUCUUGAGAUUUGGUUUGAUGUUAGUUUGAAUAAUGGGAAAGAUUUUAGCAUUUCUAUUUAGUAUAGAAAUGCAGUCACAAAUAUUAAAUAUAAAAGAGCAUUCCAUUCUCCUGCAAUUACUUGUUAAUGUAUAUUGAUUACCUGUUUAAAAACCCAUUGUAUGCAGUCAGUUUUUUUUGCCCGUAGGAGCUUUACUCCUUGACUUCGGUGGGGGGGAAAAGAACAGCAAAGAAAAGGCUGUUUUAUAAUUCACAUGAACCUGGGAAUAUAGGACUGAGCAGGAGUAAGCCAUUUGGCCCUGUCAGGACCAUCCUGCCAUUUAGUGAGAUCCUGACUAAUCUGGUUGUGGUCCUGGCUCGAAUUUCCUAUCUUCACCCCAUUACCCUUGCCUUGUUUCCCUAUCAAAAAUCUAUCAAACUCCUCCUUGAAUAACUUUAAAGAUCCAGCCUCCAAUACCUUCUGGGAAAGAGAAUGACAGUUUGAGAGUAUAGCGUUCAUCUCAUCUGUCUUAAAUAUGCGGCCUUGUGUUGACACCAAUGAUGACAUGUUGCACCAAUCUAAGGCUGAACUGGAAUCGAGUUGAAAGCUAGCUUUGUUUAAGAUGGUUAUAUUUUAAGAUGAACUUAAUCGAACAAUUUUUUGACCAGGAGGAGCACUGAAUCGCAUAGCAUUCUUUAACAAGCUACAAUAUGACCUAUGAAGGAAAUUGGAAAUAAAAAAGCUUGAAUCCUCAGGGGCAAAUGAACAAUCACACUUUAAGGUGAUUGAUUAACUCAUUGACUGUUGAUCAUGGUUAUCAAUAUAAUUUUUUCCUAGAACUACCUAGGCUAAGGUUUUCACGUUUUUAAUUAACAUCUUCAAUACUGCAGUAAUCUACCUGUCCAUGUUUUUAAUAAAGUUAACUUUGUUUAUAAAUGCAUGAAUUUUUUUUGUGUUGUGUGAACAAUCAAAUAGUACAAUGCAUGUAGUUUUCAACUUAAUAUUAAAUUUGGAACUGAUCAUAAAUAUUACAAGUGUUUAAACAUUUUCUGAUGUUUAAAUGUGUAAAUAAACUUUCAAUUAAAGAUUA